CUUGUAGUCAACGCUGCCAACACGGUGGGUGUGAUAACCCAAUCCCGACUAGCACUAAUUCAAGGAUCUAUAGUUUACAUUGGGUAUUCGUUGGCUUCAUCUUUUUUAUUACCCAGGCUGUCGUAAAAUGUCUGUGUUAAUAUAAUAGAAGUUGCCAGAAAACAGAGAUCAUGUGUUGGAAGACAUAAAGAUCGCAGUAACUCUUGGUACAGUAUACGACUGUAAACUUAAGAACAAAAGGUGAUCUAGUGAACCAGAGCGAUGAAGACAAUUGCAGUGAAGGUGGUGGUCCUGGGGUCCCAAGGAGUGGGCAAGACUUCACUGGUGACCCGCUACGAAACCAAGUCUUUCCACAGGAAAAGCAGCUCUACCAUCGGUGCCUCUUUCAGCAACGUGGAUAUACUUCUAGAAGGAACCAAAGUCAAGAUGCAGGUUUGGGACACAGCAGGUCAGGAGAGGUUCCGUUCCAUGGCACCUAUGUACUACCGAGGAGCUAAUGCUGCUCUCUUGAUCUUUGAUCUGUCUAACUAUGUCACCUUUACUGAUAUUCAAUCCUGGGUUAGUGAGUUAAAAAGUCGUGUGGGAGAGGGGUUGAUGCUGGUGCUUGUGGGUAAUAAGCAGGAUCUGGUUGAUGAUCGGGUCGUAAAAAAUGCCACUGCCCAGGAUUAUGCCGACUCCAUAGGAGCUACAUUUCUUGAAACUUCUGCCCUUGAUAAUACAGGUGUUCAGGAGAUGUUCAAUAUAGUGGCCGUUGAAAUGUUCAAACGAGCAGACAAGGAAGAAAACUCCAGCCUUAGAGUAUAUUCACCAGAUGGCAAAAAUCAAAGGAAUGAAAACACAUCAAAUGUGAAGUUAAGUGAGAUACCUGUGCUGGAGGAGAGAAACAAGUGUUGCUGACUUGAUGGGCCUGGAAGAACAGCUGAACACAGAACCAAAAAUAGUGGAUAAGUAAACCUUUCUUUGACAGAAAAUAGAAUAAAUAGUACUUAAAGUAGGUUAAGAUAAUAACAAAAGAGGCCAGUGGUACUGAUAUCACUGUCAGGCAGUAAAUUUCAGAAAUCACAUUUCUUUGUGAUGUCAAACACCACCAACACGAGAGGACAUAACUAUAAGCUCGCCAAGUUAUCUUGCAGAACGAAUAUAAGGAAAUAAUUUUUCACACAGAGGCUGGUAGACCUAUGGAACAGCCUAAGCUGUGGAAUCAAGAACAAUACAGGGCUUCAAAAUAACCCUUGACAGGCCACUGGCCUCCUUCCCUUGGCAUGGCCAUCUCUAGUGGGUGGCCAUUAGCUAAACAGGUAAAUAGGUUGAUGUUAUUCUUCCAUGCAAUUUAUAUUUGAAUGUGUGCAGGUGAUACUGUAUAUGAAUACAGUAUUGCCUUUCCAAGUAUGAAAUCUUAAUUCACUAAUACAAGAUGCCUCAUAUCUCCUUCACAGUACAGUACAGUACACUGACAAUAUGGCAAAAUAGUCAAAUAUUAUGUAUGACUUACUGUACUUUAUUUUAUAUUCUUCACUACUGAUUGGCUUGUUAGCCACUUGGGCGGUCGGUCACGUCUCUGUUAUGCAAUGUUGGCAAGUACUGGCUCCUGAAUGUAUCUGUACCUGCACCAGUGUUGGUCAAGUCUGGUUUUGAAUGAGUUUAUACUCGGUGCCAUCACAAUGCUCUCUGGCAGAUUGUUCCAAGAGUUAACAAUCCUCACUGCAUAAAAUUUUACUCCAACAGUUUUCUGAAUUUGUGGUCUUGUGGUCUCAGAACACAUAGCACUGAUAUGCACUGUAAACAUGUGAGAGAGGCCGCCUCAGCUGCACAAGUUGCCAGUUAUGGGAAAAAGUGGUCAUCUUCCUCGUACUGUGCAGUAAACCUACUGUGUUACUCACUCUUUUUAUUUACUUUAUCUUUCUAGUAAUUACUCAACAAUAAAUAAACAGAUAUUUUAACUAU